AUGAACCGAGCUUUACAUGUGGGAGAAAAUCUCCUAAGUCGUGGCCUCCUUGAGGGAUCAUACUGCAACAGAUGUGGAGCCUUUGAGACCACAGAGCAUUUAUUUCUUUACUGCCCUUUUGCAAAGGAGGAUUUGCCUCCCUCCCACGGGAACGGGAUCAGGGCCAACCUUUCCUUGGAUAGUCUGGAACCUCUGGCUGACAAGAAACCGAUUGGCUUUCGAAGCCAAACAUUUCUAGGCCCAGGAGACAGUUUUCAAGACCCUAUGAGAUGCGCGAGAGUGGCAACUCGCUCAAGCGCCCCUGGAGCAGAUCAAACCAAAGAUGAAUCUCAACCUACCCCGCAACCAAACCUGGCAAAUCCAGGUCUUCACAGAUGUAGCUUGGCGAGCAGACUCAAAAACGGCGGGACUCGGCUGGGUUUUCAAAGAUCAAGCGAACACAUGCAUAUAUCAAGGAGCACGGAUCGAGCUAUCGGUUGCUAUCGGUUGCUUCUCCUCUCAUGGCUGAAGCCCUCGUCAUACUCGCAGCUCUCCAAAAAGCCAGUGAAGCAAAUAACAAUCGGUUUCUUCGGUAAGAAGAUCGGUAAAGAAUGGAGAAAAAAAGUAUAA